AUGGCUAGUCAUAUCAUCGGCAAUCGCAAUAGCACCCCCGACGCUUCGAAUUCCACCCUUCGUCCCCCGUCAUCCUCUCGAAAUCUCGGAUCGCACCAGCUGCGGGCGUCGGCAGACAUGUCCGGGUUUCCUUCGCCGUUGUCCGCCCGAAGCAUCCGUCCAUCGUCGGAAGUCUUCUUCAGUCAGCAAUCUCAAGGCCAGAACUCGGAAGAUGCGAUGGACCGUGCCGCCCAGCAGUGGCUCUCUGACAUUGACCAAUAUGAAACUACAUUGGAGGAGAUGGCAGCUGCCACGUUGGACCAAGAUUUCAAGGAUGAACUGAGUGCCAUCGAACAAUGGUUCCGUGUGUUGAGCGAGGCCGAGAGAACUGCGGCUCUGUAUGCUUUGCUGCAGCAGACUACUCAGGUGCAGAUUCGCUUCUUCAUCCAAGUCCUGCAGCAAAUGUCUCAGGGUCAUCCUAUGUCUGGCCUGCUUUCUCCCGCCAACUUUGGCGAAAAGGAUGCCAUGUCCAGCCGCCUGAGCGAUGCCAUGUCAAAGCUUAAUAUGGAUACAUCCCGUAACUCUCUCGGACGUCCCCCUCCCUCCCCUGGCGCCAAACGAAACUCGGGCCUCGACCCCUCGACCAUCAAUGCCAUGUUCCCAGACGCCGCCGCAGCCAUUGCGAAGAAGAAGGCCGAGUUCACCCAACAGACGGGUAAUGCGCCUCCUUCAAACCGUAACAGCGCCGUCUUCGACCGUGCCUCAUUCGUCGCCCCUACUAUUUCCGCGCCUGACAACAGCUCGGACGGUCUGGGACAACCUCCGGCAUCUCCAUGGGCUCAGCGAGGUCUCUCAGACACCCAGCCCCCGAUUGCUCGGCCCAAGUCAUCCUCCGGCCAUCAGCCCAUGGGCCAGUUCAGCCAGCCCUCGGGCAUGCGCUCGCCUCUUCCGCAAACCGCUAAUAUCCCUGCUCCGGACAUUGAGCCUCCUCUUCUGUCUCCCUACAACGUUGGUAACCACAGCUGGGCGUCAAUGACCAACACUCCGAUGACUGCUACCUUCGGUCAGCAGCACCAGAAUCCUAACACGCAUGCGGAUAUGGUUGCAAACGCCACGGCAAUGAAGCUGGCAGCUUUGUCGACGGUGAACAACCGAAUUGCGCUGGAUGAUGCUCGCAAGUACCGCCGUGCUCGCUCCAACGAUGGCCAGGGCAAAAACUCCCACGGCAACCCGACCUUCUCUCAGGGCUUGGCUAGUCCAGGCCUUGGAGGACAACACUUGGUUGCCGGUCAGCUUCUCAAUGCUCAGCAGCUGGCAGCUUUGCAGGCUCAGCAACACGCUGCUAUGGCAGGCCGACGAUCUCGUCCAUCGUCUCCCGGCGUUGUCAUGCAGGGUGGAGGCUUGACCCCGAUGGGCUUCACCUCCCCCCAGAACAACGGUUUCCUGGCGGCUUAUGACCCUAACAACCCUCUUAUGGGCAACGGAAUGGGCUCGCUUAAUAUUGGCCAAUUCGGCUUGGGCAGUGAGGGCUACCUGUCGGAUCACUCGGAGGUUGCCCGAGGCCGCUCUCCGCGUGGUCGUCGUGGCAGCUCCAAGCCCCCUGAAGACCCCACCGACCCUGCCCUUCUGAAGGAUAUCCCCAGCUGGCUGCGAUCCCUCAGGCUCCACAAGUACACGGAUAAUCUGAAGGAUUUGCAAUGGACGGAAUUGGUUGAGCUUGACGACAAGGCCUUGGAGGACCGCGGUGUGAACGCUCUCGGUGCUCGGAACAAAAUGCUCAAGGUAUUUGAGCAGGUCAAGGAGGCUCGCACCGACGGCAAGCUCGAAAAUCUUGUUUGA